AUGGCAGCUCAGGGAGAUACGAGGCCCGUAUCAGCAUUUCCACAUCCACCUCCAUACUACACGUACUUUACAGAUGCCAACACUGCAGCAGUUGAAAACGGAAAUCAAGCUCCUGACGUUGUUCGUCGAUUCUUGACGCCGCCUGAACCAAUUACUGGCAAAUACCAGAUAUUUGGACGAUGGACUGAUGUGCAAAUUCAGUCUACGACAUUGGCUGAUCGCAACAUCAAACAAUUAUAUCCUGAUGGACCGAUAGACCGUCGAAAAGAGCUCCAAUCUCUGAACGAAUCGCUGCUAGCCAACUUUGUCGAAUUAUUGGAUGUUCUAGUCAGACACCCCAAAGAUUAUGCAGUCAAAGUGGCAGAUAUUCACACAGUCCUACAAAACAUGCACCACUUGAUCAACGAUUACAGACCUCAUCAAGCUCGUGAUACGCUGCAACUGAUGGAAGAACGUCAGAUACGUCGUCGUAAAGCAACCACUGAAGAAAUCAAUAGAGCAUGUGAUGAAGUUCAAACAAUACUAGACUCGUGUAAAUCAUUACUGAUGGUACCAGCUCCUAUGACUGUUGAUACCACGAUACAAUCACAACCAGAGCAACCACAACAGCAGCAGCAAUUGAAUAGAAGUGAGCAAGUUCAGGCACUUUUAGAUGCCAUGAAAACCAUUGAAAGCAUGACUCAAACAUAA